GCUCUGCGGCACAGAAAGAGAGAGAGAAAGAGGGGACGAGGAGGAACAGACGAGGAGAGAAAGGUAAAGGGGUGAAAGAAAGCCUGGGACAGCUUGCUGGACAUUUUCUCUUUCAAUUCCCUCUCUGGAAUUCACAUGUUCAUUAAGUAUUCUUUCUUCUCAUUUACUUUCGCAUUGGAAAGGUGAGCAGGAAGUUUGCUUUUUUUGAGGCUGGACUUUUGAGGCUGGAUAAAGGAGGUUCUGGCUGAACAUUCGUACACUCUGUCCCCCCUAGUGUCUCUCUCUCUCUGUCUCCUUCUCGUUCAUCUUUUUGAUAUCCUAUUUCCUGGAGAGAUAAUGGAGGUGUGGUAGAACGGAAAGAUCAGUAAGUCUUUUUUCAUCGGACAGUCAUUCGAGGAUUAUUCUCUCUUGUAAAUAGUGGAAUGAAACUUUCUGACUUGCAUCACCUUUAAUCUGCUUUUUUUAAACUGCUAUCUUUUUCCUGUUAUUUCUUCCAUUGUGUACAUAAUUCCGUCCUGAACAGCAUUGUGGAUCUCCUUAUUAUCAGCAUCUAAAUUUAAAUUUUGUCUCCAAAUAUUCAGCUGACAUUCUUUAAGCUUACAGUGCUCUUCAGUUUUGGACUAAAUUAAAUCUCUGGUCCUGAUCACAUCUCGACCUCUGACCCUUGGUGACCCUGUAUGUGAGUGAAGAUGUCUGCCUGUGCUAAGCGCUGUAAACAUGGUCUGGUGAAGUUUGCCGUGUCUGUGCACAAACUAGUGACGGGAACACUCAUCAAAGAUAAGGUGGAUGAUGAUUUGGAGAUGACGAUGGUGUGCCAUCGUCCAGAGGGACUGGAUCAGCUGGAAGCUCAAACCAACUUCAGCAAGAGAGAAUUACAAGUGCUCUACAGGGGCUUUAAAAAUGAAUGUCCUAGUGGUGUAGUCAAUGAAGAGACAUUUAAACAGAUUUACUCACAGUUCUUUCCUCAUGGAGAUGCCAGUACAUAUGCUCACUAUCUGUUCAACGCCUUUGACUCAGCCCACACUGGCUCCAUCAAGUUUGAGGACUUUGUGACAGCUCUGUCCAUCUUGUUAAGAGGUUCUACACGGGAGAAACUACAGUGGACAUUCAACCUGUAUGACAUCAACCGAGAUGGCUACAUUAAUAAAGAGGAGAUGACAGACAUUGUAAGAGCGAUCUAUGAUAUGAUGGGGAAGUACACAUACCCUGUUCUGAAGACAGAUGCACCCAAACAGCACGUGGAUACUUUCUUUCAGAAAAUGGACAAAAACAGAGAUGGCGUUGUCACUCUUGAUGAAUUCAUUCUGUCCUGUCAAGAGGAUGAAAACAUCAUGAGAUCUUUGCAGCUCUUCGAGAAUGUGAUAUAAAAAGGAGUGCAGGAUGGAAAAUGAGCAGAGGGAGACUGAAGUAAAGGAAAAAUAAAAAAGACUGGUGGACUUUUUGCAAACUCUUUUCCAGAAGGAGGCAAAGAAGAGGCUACUCUGUCUUCUUCUGUUUAUAUCACCAUGGUAACCUGUAGCACCUGUUUCUGUAACCUAGCUGGACAUCAGUGCUACACCACUAUGUGCGUAGUCAGGGCACGUUACCAUAGUAAUAUCGACAUUGUUGGCUUGCUAUCCAGGAAACCUGACCUUCUGAAAUCUGUCACUAGACCAUUCGGCCAAGUUCCUGUUCCUCUUCAUAGUUAACAUGCUUAAUGUUAAACCUGAUCAGUUAGCAGUUAAUAAGAUGUUAUCCACACCUGAGGCUUAUUAUGUGGUCUCAAAUAGGGUUUAGAGCACACUUUCUGAAGUUUUAGAUCAUAAGGUUAUAGGACAGAUUUCUGACAUUUAGAAAAAAAAUGAGAGAAUAGGUUUGGAAGAAAAUUUUCUGAGGUCCAAGAACUUGUAGAACUAAUGUUCUUAUCAUUUUGAGAUGCACCGUUAAGUGGCCUAUUUACUACUGUUUCUAGAGCGGCCAAAGUUAGAGAUAAAUAACAAGGUGAAACUUGUGAUUGGUCAGAUGAGCUGGUUAGUACAGAACAAAUGUCAAACAUUGUAGAACCUAUAAAUCACACAAACAACUAUUACUCCAACCACAGUGCAACCUCUUUUUCUAUUUGCUACAAGCACAAACCCCAAGUUUUCUUUCAUCCAGACCAACCGUAGUUUGACUUGAAACUGUAAAUAGGUCUUAAGAACAAAUCUCCUGUGCUGCUCCCAUGGUGAGCCCCAUGCCUCAAAGCCCUUCUAUAUUAGACACUUAGAAGCACAGGAGGUGUUAAAGCCAUUUGGAAAGACUUGGUAUGUACAAAAAAAGAAAGUUUAAACAUAAACGUCAUACUGGCCUGAUGGCAAAACCUUAAUGUUUUCUUCCAUCUGGUCUAAAGACAGACCUACGGUUGCUUGACAGGUGAUGGUGUUGCAGCUAAUAAAACGUUUGAAUGGAAACCCUUCAGUGAAGGAAGGAAGCAUGUUAGUGUAUAAACAAAUAUAUUUAAUAUUUAGCCUAAUAUUUAGCGUAAAGGUUAAUAUGUUUGGUAGCUUUAGCUUGAGAAAGAGAGUUAUAUUUUAUAUAAUCUUAUGGGAUCUUAGGAAAAUAAUUUGAGGUAAAUUAUGGGCUCCUGGUCUUGAGGUACUUUGGAAUUGACCUUAUGAAGAGAUAUGAAUAGAUAAGCUAUCUGUAUAUGUGGCCAUUGUUUAGCUGUUUUCUGUGUACUGAAUAGGUGAUAUUAGCUUGGAACAAACAUAACUCUAGACUUCUGUCUGUAAGGUUCAGUCGGUCUGUUUCUGAGUGUUGCUCCCUAUUCUACACCGUCUCACAGUACUGUUAAGUCCCUGGUAGUGUGUUGAACUGUAUUAUUUGUGGAAAAUCAGAUUGCUGCGACGUUUCUGUGCUGCCGCUUGCUCGAAAUGUUGAGUCUGGUCUGUGUGUGUUUCUGUCGUCUGUGUGUAUUUGUGCUACAAUAUUGUUAUGUUGUUUGUGUGUUUGUGCUUGUUUAUUGGCCUUAGAUCUGUCCAGAUCAGUCUGUCUGUCUGUAUCUCUGUCUGACAUUGUCAGAUAUUUAGGGAAGUCCUGCCUGUGUAAGUCGGUGCUCUGUGAUAUCUGACAGAUACUGUUUACAGUAGGUUGGAAUUUGAAGUCACUGUGUGCUCUUUAUAUUAUACAUUGCCAGAUUACAUCAGUAACAUAGACUUCUGUGAACACUACAGUUAUCCAGUCCAUGACUGUACGUUCCUCAAUCUAAACCUUGCUUUGUUGGUAUGUUUUCUGUUUCAAUGUGUGAAAACUGUGAAUUACCAAAAUAAGUACUGCUUGAUUAUUUUAUAGCCAUAUCUCCACACACUGUGAUGAGGACCCAGAGAGAGAGAGAGAGAGAGGGAGAGAGGAGAUAGAGAGAAUUAUUUCUAGGCAAAAAAUGCUUUUAAGAUUGCAAAAGGAGUAAGUAAGCCAUUAUUUCAGUUUAGAGACUUUGCAGUAACAGUGGACGUCUGUACAGUUAUCCGGUCCACAACUGUAUGUUCCUCCCUAUCUUUAUUGUCCUCCUCAAAAUUGUAAUUAAUACUGUUUUAACAUGAUAUUUAUAAUGUAUUGAAAGCAUUAUGUACUUAUAAUGCACUGUACUGAAUAAGCUGUUCAUUAUGGAACAAAAUGGGCUGCAACAUACACUACAUGUCCAAAAGAAUCCAGGCACCCCUUCUACUUAAUGAACUCAGCCACAUUAAUAUGCACCCAUUGAUUAAUUGCACAAUUGUAGAAUCCCUAUAGAAAAGCAUUACCAGUAGAAAAGGAUGCUCUGUGGCAACCGCACAUAAGCUUAUGAUUACCAAGACCAAUCAAUCGGCUAGAGGGGUAUAAAGUCCCCCCAGCCUUGGGUUGUGGAGCAGUGGAUCUGCGUUCACUGGAAUAAUGGAGCACCAUCUAAUACCUUUGGGGUUUGUGAGCCAAAAUCAUCUAACAUCAGUACAUGACCUCACUAAUGCCCUUGUAGCUAAAUGCAAUCAAAUCUUCACAGCAAUGUUUCAACAUCUAGUGUAAAGCCUUCCCAGAAGAGUAGAGGCAGCAAAAGGAUGACAAACUCUGCAUUAAUAUCCUUGAUUUCAGCAGAAAUGGUGGGUGAGCAGACAUCUACAAUCUUCUGGGCAUGAAGUGUAUGUGCCACAUGUGGCUAAUACUCAAAACGUCUUAUGGGUACAUAAAUAUUGUUUAUGUUAUUGCUCUUUCUUAAAAAUCAACUGUGUUUUACUCAUUAUUUGGCACUCUUAACAAUAAUGGUUCUUUAAUGGUUCUUGGUUUGAACGUACAGUUCUAGGAUAAAACUUACCUUCAUUACAUUACGUGGAUUAAAAAGUUAUGUAAAAAGUUCUUCAUACAAACCUUACAAAAUUGCUUCUUUAAAGAAUUAAUCCAUCUGGAAUCACCUUAAUGAACCUUUAUUUUAAGAGCGCAUACAAAACCACCCACUGUGCUAAAGUGCUGAGAGAUGGGCUUUAUGGAAAAAGAUAACAAAAUCACCAAACAGCUAGAUUUCUAGCUACUGUCUGGAGAAAAAACAGCUGUGUUCGGUUGGGAUCAAGCCUGACAGCUUCGUCUACUGAAUCUAAUUACCACACAGUUGUGCUGAGGCAGGAUUUAACACCUUCUUCUUUCUCAACUAGUCAGUAUUUUUCUUUCCAAUAUUUCACAGUGAAAUUAUACAGAAUCCUGGCGUUAUCACAGAACUUACGACGGCUAUUACUUGGAACCUCCAAUCAACACACUCACAAAUGAUCAAGUGUUUAAGAUGAGCUAUUGAAACUGAGUAAUGUGCAAUACUCAUACAGCCACAUCUGCACUCACUGUGACCAGACUCCUGAGGAAGAGGAACCAGCAUGUACACCAUGGCCCAUAUUUACCUCUCCAUGGAUUAUUUUCAAAUACAGAACUAUGAAUUAUGUUUUGCGCACAACCGAUGAACCAAUCAGUCG